UUAAUAUCGUUUCGUUAAUGCUUCAUCAUUAUUAUUUAGAAAACAUGAAUUAUAAUGACGUGGUUUACUCUGUCGGUUAUCAUAGAUACAGUUUUGUAUGGAAAUAGUGUUUGUUUAGUGCGUAGGAAUUUAUGAAUAAACGUCGACGGUAGUUAUAAACGUUACUCGUGAAAUAAGAAUUUGUUCAUAAAUUAUAUCGGAACGUAUAGUGACAGUUAACGAUCACGAGAACAUGCCAUUAAGUUAGAAAUAUUCUGGGUGAUAACGAGAAAAUUUAGUGAAAUAGAAAGGAGAAUUUCUAGAUGAAAGAUCUGGCAAAUCUUAUCGACCGUGAGAUUAAGUAUUUAAAUACCUCGGUGUGUAAUUACAUUCCAGUUAUCGAUCGAUAGAUUAGAUAUCGUUGUCGCCUGUCCUCAACGACCAACUGUAUUCAAUACGCGUCUCUCAGUAUGUCACUAUGAGAUCCCUUCGAUCGAAUUUCCGGCAUUAAAUUUCAUUCAAUCCGCAUCGAUUAAAAAUCAGCGUCAAAUUGGUCGAGAGAGGCGAGACCGACCACGAACUCGCAAUCAAUCUAGCGCGCUUUAAAUCGGGAACGGGAACCAUCGUCGAAGUUCGCCAGGAAAGUUUCUCACCGCAGACCUAUCGAGCACGUUGGUAGCGAUAAAUUUCAACUUGCAAAUUUAGUGUCGCGAUAGAGGGCUCGAAUUCAAGGCGGUUCACCAGAAGAUCGACAAAGAGCUCCUGGAAACCAGCCCAUCUGUCAGAAUCCACGAAACUAAUCGCGUUAUCGUCCACUGCGACGAUACCAAAAUUCGAUAUAGGAGAACCAUGUACUUCUGAACAAAUUUAUUAGGACACACGAUAGAUAAAUUAAGGUAACUCCGUUUUUUACUAUUGACAUUUAAAAGGGUGGCGCAUAUUUAUUUGGGCUGAUGGAAUGAAUGUAUUCAUUAUUCCUUGUACUAAAGAAGGAAAAUAUAUUCAUUAUUUUUACGACAACCUUCGAUGGCGAGUAAAUAAUUUUCUCGCAAGGUUUAGUUGUCUUUAACACGUCAAAUAAUAUACAGCUGGUGAAGCAGCUAAGCUCUUACAGAGCAAUGACUAAACUAUCAUGGAUAUAAAAAAAAUCUUACAGGAAAAAGUUAGAAGGUUCGAGGGGGUCUAUCUUAUGUGACUGUUGCUUUUUUUUGUGGUCCAGAUGCUGAGGCUGCAUCAAGGCCAGUGGCAUUAAAAAAAAAAAAGGUUUAACCUUGAAUGACUAUGUACCAUAGGUCGAUGGUUUCGUCUCAACGUCGGCUUUCAUGAUGUCCAAACAAAAUACCAUUGUUCCAUUUAAAAAAAUGUCGGUGGCCUUUGUAUGCCCUCAGUAUCUGGAUCACAAGAAAAGCAGUGAUUAUACAAGACAGGUCCCUUCGAACCUUCUAACUUUUUCCUGCAAGACUUUCUUGUGUCCACGAUAAUUUAGUCCACGCGCGCCGUAACAAUUCACCCUGUAUAACAAUUUCGCAAGCUGAAACUGAAGAGCCUCCACAAAUAUAAACCAAAAGAUCAUUCCAUUUCCUGUACAUUUAAGCUAAGCAACGAAUUAAAUCCACCGAUAUUACGUUAAAAGGCGAUCGUAGAUAGAAUAAGUGAUCGCCGACGCCGCAGUCACGAUUCGAGGCCUUCCUAUCAGGUAAUCUGAUAACCCAAAGAGCCGUCGGCGAGGAGACCUCUGAAAGGAGCCAAUCGCGAGGCUUUCCGUCAACUGGAAAGUAAGAGCAACCGAGGAUCCAAGUGCAACGAUCACUUCAGUCUGAAGCAUGGAGCGACGAGCGUCGAUUCGUCGCUGUUCUGUUUUCCACGGUUCGUGGCCACGUUUCGAGAUCUCGAGAUCGUGGUUUCCGUGUCUCAUCUCGACGCCGAGGAUCGUCCCUCUGGUCCCCAGGAUUUUCAUAUCGCGAUCGAACUUCUGCGAUUCGAUCUCACGUCGUCGUCGCGGUUGGUGCUGAAGGUUGAUCUCUGGAAAGCAGAGAAGAGUACUCGGGAACGACGUCCAUGACACAGUGUGGCACAUCAUGGCGGUGGAGUCGAGAUGGAUGCCAUGUCAGCUGAAAAUCGAGCUGAACAUCUGCAGCUGCGACUACGACGGCAUAAUCCUGGUGUCGGGCUGUGCGCCCGGCUUCGACGAGCCUGAACCCUUCAAAACGGUCCUGUACGCAGCGGCUCAGAUCGAUUCCGCUCUGGGCGUGAUCGGAGCCGUUUUGCCCAUCAAUCUUCCUGCCAAAAGGCUUAUUUACAGUCCCACUGGCCCGCUCAACAUGGAUUACCACGACGUCAGAAGCUUCGCCGAAGCGGCCACCAAGGGCGUCCAAAGAGCAUUGAAAGCCGGCGUCAGGUGUCCGCUGUUCGCGCUUCUGCCGGACAUCCGCUUCGAGAACGUCGAACUCGUCACGCUGCUCGGCGCUCUAGAGGGUCUGUAUGUGCCACUGGAGGUACGAGAGAUCUGCCCAGACCGUUGUUACAAGGCGUGCCAGUUGGCCGUCUGGAGUCCGAUCUGCAGCAAGAAGCUCCAGGGUAUCGUGAAGCUGGCCUCUGCUCUCGAGAGCGGAAGAUACGUCGCUAGGGAUAUCGGUGGUGCAGAUCCCGAAAGAAUGGCGCCACCAAGAGUGGAAGAGUACCUCGCCGAAUUGUUCUGCGGCUCCAACGUGACGAUGCAGGUGGUGUCCGAUCAAGACACCCUGCUGCAGGAGUAUCCCCUGUUCGCGUGCGUGAAUCGCGCCGCCUCGAUGAUCCCCCGCCACGCGGGGAGGAUCAUCUUCUUGACCUACGAGCCUCCUAAUCCAGCCUGCGUCUUGGAGACGAUCAUGCUCGUGGGAAAGGGUGUCACCUACGACACCGGCGGCGUCGACCUCAAAAUCCAGGGCGCAAUGUUCGGCAUGUCGAGGGACAAAUGUGGGGCGGCUGCGUGCGCUGGAUUCAUGCAGGUCGUGAAUUUACUGCAACCGCCGACGGUUAAAGCGGUGGCGGCUUUGUGCGUGGUGAGAAACAGCAUCGGCGAGAAUUCUUACGUUUCCGACGAAGUGAUCACGGCGAAAUCCGGAGUGAGGGUACGUGUGGGGAAUACGGACGCCGAGGGACGAAUGGCGAUGGCGGACGCGCUGUGUCACAUCAAAGAGAUGGCAUUGUGCUCGGUUAAUCCCCACAUAUUCACCGUCGCGACGCUCACUACCGCCGCUGUGCUCACCGCUGGUCGAGGAUACUCGAUCGCCAUGGACAACGCCGUGGCGCGUUUGGUCAGCAACGCGGAGAAGCUUCAGGCGUCGGGUGAGACGAUGGGCGAUCCCUUCGAGAUAUCGAGGAUACGAAGGGAGGACUUUCGGUUCCACGAAGGUCUGACAGAGGGUGACGACGUCAUCCAAGACCGUGACAAGCUGUGCACGGGGACGGAAAGGGGCCAUCAAGGCCCGUCCGCGUUUCUGAUCCUGGCGUCUGGCUUAGACCACGUACGCGAACUCGUUUGUUACCCUCGUUCUAGGUCUCCGACUGGAUUGGACGCAUAUCGAAAGUUGUGCUUCCUAAAAUUUAUUUUUCAAUUUGCAUACCGUUAUCGGUAUUCAUCGAUGGUCCCGUUAUAGAAUUUGUUUCAGUAGUCGAACAUAAAUUGGGUUACAGAGGGUUAAGGCACCAGUAAAAAAAUAAUGACUAGCCGCGUAUUGGAAAUGCCUGGGAAUCGUCGCUUGGAAGUUACGGAUAGCGCUGGCGACGUUCCUGCUCUGCCAACAGGUGCUCCAAUUCCGAUGCUGGCCAAAUCCUCUGCCACGUCGAGGAAUCGAAGGGACUUGAUAUUUAUGUUCUAGCUUCCGGAUUGAAAACUUUCAUUCUUCAUCCCUGAGAGGCCCUAGUUACAUGUUAGAAUAAUCCUGCCUACUGAUUAGGCAUUUCUGGUGACAAAACGUGUCAUCCGUCAGUGAUCCAAUCUAUCUCUGACCUAAGAUAGUCUUCAAAGCCUUGAAACUCGUGAACCCCACGAAAGGAAGUCGCACUAAUCAUAUUACUAGGUUGGUAAGACAUUAAUUUCUUACCAACCUAAUACAUAGCGCCCAACCCUCUGUAACAUUUCACGCAGGUCAACAUAUUUUCCGCCAUAAAAGAACGAUGAAUUUUUUAUAGACGAUCAGCUUAGCACAAGUACCGCGAGGAGGCGUUAAUGGCAGAUUAAAAAGCUUUUCCAUUACAACGACAUUUAAAGCCUCGUUUAUCGGGCCUUCCUCUCCGUUUCUCCCUCCAGCAUCCUUUCUCACCCCCCUCGUAUCGAUUUCAGCACGGCGCCUGUAGCUGCUCCCCUUUAAAGUACACGCACAUCGACAUAUGCGGACA